UUUUAUAUAAUACCCUGUUUUAUAUAGUAGAAUACUGCAUCAUCUAAUUGUGUUAAUUCGUUUGCACAUUUAUUAGAAAUAAAGUUUAUUUUAAGUGGAUUUUAAGGAAAUACGGUCUUAGCAGAAUAACGUUUAUCCCAAAAAUAUUUAAAAUAAAGGUCUUAUAACUAUCGGAAUCAAUUUAAUUUUAUUCCGUUACCUCCACUACAAGGCAUAAUGUAAAUAAUCUUUAGUGGCUCAUCUGGUAUAAAAAGUUUUUACAUACGCAUUAAAUACCGAAACGAUGGAAAAUAUUAAAUUUCAAACAUUGUGGAUUGGUUGCCAUGUUUUGUCUUUAUGUUUUAAUUAUUCUCUAAUCUUCGCUAAGGUUAUUGAGGAGACAUAAAGUUAUUAUCUUUAUUACUAUGUUGAAAACCAAGUUUUUUCAUUGUUUUAUCUGCCAAUUGGCAAGGCUUCAUCAGGGAACCUCGUUAGAACAGUAAUUACAAUUUAAUCAUUAUUUUCAGAUACUUAAAAAUAAUGGAAAUAUUAAAUUCCAUUAUUGUGUUAACAAUUAUUACUUAUGCCGAAUAUUCUUCAGCUAAUGUUCAAAGCAAAGGUGAGGUUUAAUAUGCUUACAAUUCAAAGUAAUAACAACAUUAUUUUUGCAGUGGUUCUGGGAUUUACUAUAAACAUCGAUACAGGAGUAGCAAUCGAGAAUUAUCGUCCUAUUUUUGCUUAUGAAAACAUUACAUUGGCGCAAGAAGGUUCCAGAAAGUUAACUAAUGGAACAGGAGUUAUUGUCUAUAAAAUUCCUGACAUUUGCUCACCAAUCAAUUAUUGUGGAGACGCAAAUUUAACAAAUUGUCAACCAUUAGAAACUUCUAUUGCUAGAUGUUCUUGCCAUAGUGGAUAUUUUUUGAUGGUCAAAUUGGAUAAACAAAACAAAACCAAAAUUAUUUGCAAACCAGGUAGAUGUCUAUCAGAGAAGCCUUGUAAUUUAAACCAAACAUGCGAAGAUACUUCUGUCAAUAAUUACACAUGCAAUUGUCAACCAGGAUUUGAAAUGAAAUCUUCAAAAUGCCAAGACAUAGAUGAAUGCACUCGAAACCCAUGUAACAACCAAUCUUCUACUUGUACCAACACUGUGGGAAAUUACAGCUGCAUUUGCAGGAAUGGUUAUGAAAACAAAGAUAAUAUCUGCCAAGAUAAGAAUGAAUGUGACUUUGCGUAUGACUAUUGUGAUCUACAAUCAACUUGCACAAACACAAAUGGAAGUUUCUAUUGUGAAUGCGACCCAGGUUUCCAUGGCAACGGGACUGUCUGCACAAAAGAGAUGCUGACAUACGAGCUUGCAGAAAAGAUAGCUUACGCAACUCUCAUUAUACAUGGGGUGUAUGCUCUUAUGCUAGGAUUUGUGUUCAUGUCAUACUAUUGCCCCAACAUAGUGACGACAACUUUCUGGAAGUUUUGGGACUAAAAUCACUUGUUUUUAUUACGGCUCCUAAGAACCCAUUAGAAAGAAAUUGCCACAACUGUCGUUUUUCAUGGGACGGGGUAUUGGUAAUGAUUUUAACUAGCAUCACUUGUCCAUACGCUACUUAAUGUAUUUUUAACAUUUUCUACUAUAAAAUAUCUUUUUAGCAACAAUGAACAGGGUGUUCAGAAAGUCACUGUGCGCUGAUUUAAUAAUUCAAUCAGUCUAUUCCAAGGGAGCAGCUGAUUAAGGUGUUUAGAAACAAAAUAAGAAGGGUCAAAGCCUAUAUUGAUGCUAACGGGGGUCACUUUCAACAUCAUUUAUAAUUGUCAUUCAUAUUUACCUCCUGAAUUCUAUACUGAAACAUGUCUGUUAAUAAAUAUGUAAGUGCACAGUGA